AUGACAAGAGGAAAACGUUUAAGUCCCAAUGAUCCUGGAUCAUAUUCAUUACCCGGUGAGUCAACAAUUUUUACAUUUUUUAAAUUAAAUUAUUUUGUGUUAUAACCCCCAACCAUUAUAAUUCACUUAAUAUUCAAACAUUUAUCUUUAUUGACUGUUGUUAAUUUAAUAUAUUAAAAUGUAUCCAUAUCCAUUCAUAUGUAGCUGUUGGGAUUUCAAUAGUUAUUUAAGAACAUUUUUAUUCUUCUAAAGUAUAUUUCACUUUUAAAAUUUAGGUAAUGAAAAUUUUUAAAUUUAAAAAAAAUUAAAAAUACUGUUAUAGUGUAUAAUAGAAAAUUUCAAUAAAAUGCUUCUUCCUGAUCAAAAUUUAUAAGUACCUACUUACCCAAUAAUUUUUUUUUCUUUCUCCUUCGCCUUUAUCUCAACUAUUUAGUGUCGGUCACCCUUGUUAUAAACUUCUAUUUGAUCAGAUCUCCAAUCUCACAUACACAACCUGUUUUCAUAUCGGUCUCAAUUACAUUCAACCAUCUUGUUUCCAAUUAUUCUCUCCAACUGUUUCCUCCUGUAUUUAUUUUCAUUUCAAUGCUUACUGAUUUAGAUUCGUCUCUUCCUAUGACAUGUUCAAACCAUCUCAGUCUAUGUUCUCUCAUUUUUGCUACCAUCGAAGCCACACCUAAACUACCUCUUUUGUUCUCAUCUCUAAUCUUUUCUUGUCACUUCACUCAUCCCCCUAAGCAUUCUCAUUUCUGCUAUACUUAUUCUCUGUUCUAUGUUUCUGUUUACCAUCCGACAUUCCAAACCAUAAAACACCCAAGACGCUUCACUUUAUCCAACCACACUUAAUCUUAUAUUUCACAUCCUCAUGAAAGCAACCAUUUUUUUUUAAAUUUAUAAAUCAACAAAAAUUAAUAACAAAUUAAAUAUUCUUAUUUUAAUUAAUUAGUUUACUCAUUAUCUACAGCUUUUAAAGAAAUGUAAUUCUAAUAACUCCAUAGUAAAUUCUAGGUUUUUAAAUUAUGAAAAAGUGUCAACGUUUUUUGUACUAAAUGUUCUAGUUACUUACUUAAAACUUGAACCUCACCUAUAGUUGAUUAUUUCCAUUACCUGUCUUGUCUUGUUCCUCCAAACUCAUAUUCUGUUUCACUUCUACUUAUUCUUAGUCUCUUUCCUAUAAGUGCUGCCUAUCUAUUCCUCAAGUCUAUUGUUAACUUAUUCUUGAUCAUCUCCUGUCAAAGCUAUAUUAUCUGCAAAACAUCAUGUAUCAUAAUACCUUCUCUCAUCUGUUGUCACCACAGACAUCCGAGAUGGGACAAUCUGCCAGUCUUGUUUAAAACUAACUAACUAACUAAAAUAUACCUAACCUAUAUAAUACUAAAUAUGGAUUUUCUAUUUAGGGUCACUCACUCUUAAAAUGUCCCAUUAUAUAUUUAUUAUCGCAAAAUGUAAAAUUUUGUCAGUCAACCGACGAUUGUUAGUGAUAACUAGGGAACAGAUUUAUAUGUACUUAAAAUCCGCAAAAAAAACACUUAAAAAUAUUUAAAAUGGCUAAAGUGGUAAAGAGGUUUUAAAGUCUCCACUCUAAUGGUUCUAAUCCUAUUAAAUAAAAUGCUUUAAGACUGACUAAUGAUUAACACAAAGCAUUUUUGUUUUUUAUAACUUACAAAAAUUACUUUGUAAUAAUCAUUUUUUUUAGUGUGAAAAAAUUAUUUUUAAUAAGUUAAAAACAAUAAAUUGAGAAACUUGUAAAUAGCUUUACCUAUAUUACUCUUUAAAAUAUUUUUAAGUGAUUUUUUAGGGCUUUUGUUUCGUUUGAUAUUUUUAAGCACUUUUUUGUAAAUUUUAAGUAUAUAUAAAUUUGUUUGCUAGUAAUAACAAUUACUUUACUUUACUUUAUCAAAACCUAGUAAAUUUAUUUAUCAAUCCAAAUUUAUCUAGUCUGAUUCCUACAGUUUUGUCUUAAUUUCCAGUCUAAGAACCACUAUUUUUCAACAGCUCCAAUUCCCUUAAUAAAUUAUGGAUCUAGGACAGUUGGUCCUUGUAAAAAACACCAUAUUUGGACAAUUAGACAUCAUAAUAAUUUUGUACACUGACAUUUGAUCCCCAGCCAAUGGCACAAUAUAAAUAUGAUAAUAGAUGGCGAUGCCUAACUUCAGGGUUUCAAGGCUCAAAGAGGGCUCCAUUAUAGUUGUAAACUGGGAGGGUAUUUUCAACGCAAUAGAUUCAAUAUUUCAAUUUUAAUUUAAAAGCUAUGAGAAAAUUAAUAUUUAUAAAAAGUUAUAUUCAUUGUAGUCAAUAUUUAAUAAACAUAUAUACUAGAUUUGUAAAAUAAAACUAUUUUUGCUAAUGUUUACAGAGAAAAAAUAAUAUUAGUAGUUAUAAAUACUUAUUUGAAUGAUACAAUUUGGUUAAAUCCAAGUUUGCAUAACAAAACAAAAAUAUUGAAUUUUAGUAAUAUUUUUCACGUAUUAUAAUAUGAACACAUACUAGUUUUUGUCAAAUUGGUACUUUCAUAUGGUUAUUUUUUCACUGGCAAUUUUUUUUUAAAUUGUUUUUUUAUAAUUUAUAUUGUAUAAUUUUUUUAUUGUUCAUUAUUAUAAUUUAUUAUUAUUAUAAAUUAACUGUGUAAUAUGUAUGUAUUAUUAUUCCGCUGAUAAUAAAUAAAAAUUGAAUAGCGUGUUUAAUGAUAAGUAGUGAGUAUUACAAAAAAAUGUAUUUAUUUAGAUCCUAGUUGUGCCACUGUCCCCAGUUAAUAUUUUUCCUGUGACUGAAUAUUUAUUUUAAUAUCAAUUUUUAUAUUGGUUAUAGCUUGAGUUAAAAACUCUCUAUUAUUAUUAUUACCAAUGUAUAUAAGGCGGAUACAGUGCAAACUAUUUAGCAUCUCUGUAGGUCUACAGUUAAAUGAACUAACGGAAAGUCAAACUGAGGUUGAACAGGUUACACAGAUUAAAUAAUCAUUCAAGAACAUUGGUCAACAAUAAAAAAUAAUAUUUAUCAAGGGAAAUAUUUCAUAAAAGUUUGUAGAGCCCACACCUGUUGUGUGGCUUUUGCCCCAGGGCAGCACAAAAUUAAGUGACUCGGGGAGGGCAAAGUUUUAAUUAUAUAUUAUAUAAUAGAUGUAUAUGUCUUAUCUUGCUCAAAAAUGUGAUAUCAAUGAAAAAAUGUAUAAAAAUAAAAUAGCAUAGGAAAAAAACAUUUUAAAGUUAUUAAAAUCACAUGAAUUACUAACUUUAUUUAUAGGUCAUAAAACUAUUUGAAUGGUUCCUGUUCAAAAUAUAAUUAUUCUUGCUUGUUUUCCAGAAAAAGUAGCUGUUUCUCACAUACAUUUAGAACUUACAGCAGAUUUUAAAAAUGAAAAACUGAAAGGAUUUGUCGACUUAAGUAUAAUUAAAAAUGAUGAGAGCUGUGAUCAUAUUGUAUGUUAUAAUGAUAAUAAAUAUAUUAUAUUGUAUUAAUUCACCAGUAAUAUCUUCUAGAUUUUGGACAAUUUAGAUUUAAAUGUGAUAAGUGUUGUAAACAAAAAUGAUAGUGUACCUUUGGAGUACAGUAUUGGUAAUCGCUUAGAAGUAUUUGGAUCAAAAAUAGAAAUUAAAAUACCAUCUGAUAAAAAGUAAAAAUUAUAAUUAUUUAACUGUCUUUUAUGUUGUUUAUAAUAUUGUCAACUUAUUUUACUUUAGAAGCAACAUUCGAAUUACUUAUGAAACAUCUAAAACUGCAACAGCAUUACAGUGGCUCACACCCGAACAAACUCUUGGCAAAGUCCAUCCAUAUUUAUUUAGUCAGUGUCAGGUAUGUCUUGUUUUUAUAACGUUAAAUGUAUUUAAUAAUAAAUGUAAUGUUAUUUGUUUUAUAGCCUGCUCAUGCUCGAUCCAUGGUACCUUGUCAAGAUACACCGUCUAUAAAAUCAACAUACACAGCAAAAGUAGGUUUUUUUUAUUUUAAUAACUCAACGCCCAAUAUGUAGUAAAAUAUACAAUGUGAACACGCAUCAUAUAAAUGUAUUAUUUUUAACUAGAAAUAAAAUAUUAAAUCUUAUAUUUCACGUUAUUUAGUAUAUUUUGAAUUACCUAUAGAUUACAGCUCCAAAACCAUUAACAGUAUUGAUGAGUGCUGUUUCUAAAGAAACAAUUGAUUGUGGAGAAACACGCACAUUCUUAUUUGAACAAACUGUUCCUAUACAAUCGUAUUUGAUUGCAAUAGCAAUUGGUAAUCUAGUCAGUAAAACUUUGAGUUCUAUAUCAAAAGUUUGGUCUGAACCUGAAGAAAUUGAUAAAGCUGCGUAUGAAUUUGAACAAGUAUAAAUAUAUCUAUAUUUUAUUAAUGUAGAAUUUAUUAAACAGUUAUUUAAAAAUUUAGACGCCCAAAUUGUUAAAAACAGCUGAAGAAGUAUGUGGUCCAUAUGUGUGGAAAAUUUAUGAUUUACUUGUUAUGCCGCCUUCAUUUCCUUUUGGUGGUAUGGAAAAUCCAUGUUUGACAUUUGUAACACCCACACUAUUAGUAAGUAAUGCAAUUUCAAGAAUAAGUCUGAUAUUUGUUUUAUAACUUAUUUUUAAUUAAUUAAAAUAGGCUGGAGAUAGAAGUCUUGUAAAUGUAGUUGCUCAUGAGAUAGCACAUAGUUGGACUGGAAAUUUGGUGACUAAUCGUAAUUUUGAACAUUUUUGGAUGAAUGAAGGAUUUACGGUUUUUGUAGAACGCAGAAUAGUGAAGUUAUUGAGUGGAGAAAGUUCUAGACAAUUUGCUGCACUUUGCGGCCUUGAAGAUCUCAAGCAAUCUGUAAUUAUUAACUAUAUUUCAUAUUUUUACUAAUAAUAACAAUAAUAAUUAAUAUUUAUACUAUAGGUGAAUGUAUUAGGUGCCCAAAAUCCAUUAACUAAGCUAGUUGUUGAUUUAAGUGGCAUUGAUCCAGAUGACGCAUUUUCUACUUGCCCUUAUGAGAAGGGUCACACAUUUUUGUUUUACUUAGAAACAUUAUUUGGAGCUUGUAAGAAAAUGUAAUUUAUAAAUAAUGUAUAGAUUAUAUAAUUUAUGCAAUUGGUUUACAGCUAAAUUUGAUGUAUUUUUUAAAUCCUAUAUCGAUAAAUUCAAGUAUAAAUCUAUUGGCACUGAUGAUUUUAAAUCAUAUUUGUUAUCUUAUUUCCAAGAUGAUAGUUGUAUUUCCAAAAUUGAGUGGGAUUCAUGGUUGGAUACUUGUGGCAUGCCACAUUUUAUACCUCCGUAAGUAAUUUUAGUUUGGCAAUCUAUAAGAAAUUGUAUUCAAUUGUAUAGAACAGUUAAAUAUGUACCAUAUUGUUUUUAUGUACAUAGAUAUGAUGAAAGUUUCCAAAAUGCUUGUGUUUCUCUUCUGAACCGCUGGGAACAAUGGGAUGGUUCGGGUGAAUAUUUUAAGAAAUCUGACUUGGCUGAAUUUCAAACAUUGCAAAUAGUACAAUUUUUAGCAUUGCUAUUAAAAUCGAAUAAUUUCAAUUUGCAAAAACUAAAAUCUAUGCAAGAAGUCUACAACUUCAACAAUAACAAAAAUUGUGAAAUAUUAUUAAGGUACUAAAAUAUUGAUAAAUAAUAGAAUGAUUAGUAAUAAUAUAAUACACACAUAACCAAAUUAUUUAUAUUAGGUGGUUAAGGACAUCCAUAAAAUUCAAAUGGCUUGAACAAAUAGAAAUUAUAUUUGAAUUUAUUAACUCAACUGGAAGAAUGAAAUAUGUCCGUCCUAUGUAUAGGUAAUUAUAAAAAAAUAUAUAUAAAUAUACCUAAUUGUUAUUAUUCUGUCUUAUUAAUAUUAUAAAUGUAUAAUAAUAAUAAAAUGUAUUAAAAUAUAUAUUUUUUUUUUUUCAGAGAUCUUUACUCUUGGGAAGAAGUAAGAACAAAGACAAUAGACAAUUUUGAAAAAAAUAAAAUGAGCAUGAUGUAUGUUUGCCGUCAUACUGUGGCUAAAGAUUUACAUUUAAGAGAUGAUUGA